CAGGCAGGCAGGGGGCCGGGGGCACCCACCCCAACUCCGGGCUGCAAGCAGGGGGUUGGGAAACGUGUGUUUCCCUUUAAGAGGCAGGCCCUGGAGCUGCUUCCUCUCAGCCCUGCAAGAGCCCUAAACACAGUGCAUCUGCCUGCAGCCUGCCUGCACGCCUGCCUGCAGCUGCCCGCAACCAGCCCCAGGCUCAGGGUUUGGCCUUGCUUCCCAGCCAUGCUGCUGCUCCUGCUACUCCUGGAGGCCACCGUGCUGCAGCUGGCCAGCGGCUCCUACCACCCCUUCUACAACGGCUUCUACUACAAUCACAUCAUGAACGACAUGGGCAACGGGCAAGACAAAGAUUACUUCAAUGGAGCCAGACUGGUGGUGGAAACCUCCAAAGACCCUGUCUACAGCUACAGUGGUGCCAACGUUACCUUGCCCUGCCACUACCGCUACGAGCCUGAUCUGGGAGAUAAGCGCAAAAUCCGCAUCAAGUGGUCCAAGAUACGGGAUGACUACACCAAGGAGCAGGACGUGGUGGUUGCCAUUGGCAAGACCAAUGUGGCCUUUGGGGACUUCAAGGGCCGUGCUCACAUCCACCGGGCCAGCCAGCACGAGGCCUCGCUGGUCAUCAGUGAUGUGCACCUGAAGGACGAUGGCAAAUACCGCUGUGAAGUCAUUGACGGGCUGGAGGAUGAGAGCGACGUGGUGGACCUCCGGCUGCAAGGCAUCGUGUUCCCCUACCAGCCUCCCCGCGGGCAGUACAGGCUCAACUUCCAUGAAGCCGAGCAAGUGUGCCAGGACCAAGGUGCCAUCCUCGCCAACUUCAACCAGCUCUUCCAGGCCUGGAGUGAGGGGCUGGACUGGUGCAACGCGGGCUGGCUGGCCGAUGGCACCGUGCAGUACCCCAUCCGCCUGCCCCGCAAGCCCUGCGGGGGCGUGCACCUCGCCCCGGGCAUCCGCAGCUACGGCCCGCGCCACCGGCACCUCCACCACUUCGAUGCCUUCUGCUUCUCCUCCGCGCUCAGAGGCUCCAUGAAGUGGAAAGAACGCUGCAGAAGUGGGAACAAAACACACAGGAGAGCUGAAGCUGACUGUUUAGCAGAGGAUAAUGAGUCUUCAGCUGUCUUCAACCAUGUGGAAUAAAACUUGGCAUGUCCAAGAUCUCUUCUGAUAUGCAGGAGACCUGCUGUGAGUAGCCAUUCCUGGUCUUGGAGGAGGGGGGAGCAGGCACACUUUGCAAAGUCAUUGCCACAAAUUUCCAGCUGGAAAUAACAUUGGAACAAGUUUCCUUUUACAGAUAUUGUAUAUAAUAUGGUUGCACAUAUUAUAUAUGCUGUAAAAACAAAUCUCUGCAUAUAAUAUACAUGUUGCAUAUCUCUCCAAAUAUAUACACAUACAUUAUAUAUAUACACACAUAGAGAAAGGGUGUGUACUUGUAGGUGGUGUUGGAAAAACAAACAACAAAUACACACAGGUUUUCUUCCCAGAGGUGUGCUGCGAAUGGCUGGAGACAAGAUUUUAAACACAUGAUGACCAUAAAUAUCAAACUCCCCCUUCAGCCUGUUGCGGUGUUGAGGCACUGACCCUGUCUUCAUCUGGAGGUAGAAUCACCUCACCAAAUUGAUAUUGGAAAACUCAAACAUAUCUGUUGGGUUGGAGGAAGUAUUGCUGAUUCUGGUCCUCCCAAAAAAAUCUGGAUCUUGGAGGUCUUUUUAGAAAGGUCCAAAUGGUAAAAUUGGCAAUGAUGUUGCUUCUGGAAAUCCCGGCAAGUUGGUUUGUGGGUGUUGCUUUCUAGGAUAUUGCAUCAAAGCCACAGGAUUUACGGGAGAGGGGAACUCCAUUAAAAAAAAAUAGCAUCUAUCACACAACACUUGGCUAUUUUCUUCAUACCUUUUAUAUACUAUAAAUGUGUCCACUUCCACAUUGUUUAGGGCUAGAUGAGGUCAGUAAAUCACUGUACACCUCUUCAGCCAGCUGAAAAGCCUGCAAUGCACAAGGUGUGCCAGCUCUGCUCAGCAUGGAGUGAGCUCCCACUUCCACAGCACCACCUGCCAGGUGCCUUGACAAUACCUUGACACUCAGGGAUCACACACAGACGUGAGCUAUUUAUUUGCUUGGCUGAGCAGUCACCCAAAAAGUCAGCUCUGCUUUUAGAUGCAGCUCACAUGCUUAUCAGCCGACAACAAGACAAGACUACUGCUAUUAUUACCCCUUGCUAAGGAAGGACAGCGAUGUGCCGUGGAAUGCAGAAUGGAGGCAGCCCUUGCUUUCAAGAGCUUGAAGGAAGAAAAUGCCUCGCGGUGCCAAGAAUAGGAAACCCAGUUGGAGCAUGUUAUUAACUCACUUCUUGAGGAUAAUGCAGAAUUAGUGACUCUUUAGAAGAAGAUUCAUGCUGCAGUUAAAAUUGCCCAGAAGUUGCAAAAAGUUAUUCAAUUCUACUGUCACAACACUUUCUAUUUUUUGCUACUAACAGGACCCAAGCUCUAACUUCUAGAUGUAUUUUUUUUUAAUAAAACAAUUAAAAGAAAAUAGCCAAUGUAAACAAGGUCUUGCACCUAGAAGAUGUAAACUGUUGGCUGGAGAGAGCAAGGGGAGUUACAUAGCUGCAAUGCAAACUUUGAAUUCGUUUCACCAUUUUCUUCCUAAGAUUUCUUCUACAUUGCCAGAUAUAUGCUAUGUUUAGUCAGAACAAUUUUCUUUUGGUGCAAUUAAAUACAACAGAAGUAUUCUUGUCACCCCUGCUCAUGGUGGGGGGGUUGGAGCUAGAUGAUCUUUGAGGUCCCUUCCAGCCCUAACCAUUCUAUGAUUCUAUGAUUCUCCCAGUACCUUUGGAAACAAUUUGCUGUAUGAGAUCAUGGAAAUUGGAUAGAGAAAUCUUUUAGAAAUGAAAGAGAAAUAGACUGACUCUAGUUUUGUUCAGAAAGCAAAUGACAUGUAAAAGUGAACACUCAGUUUCAGUGGUGAGAAAGAAAUGCUUUUAAAAUCCUUCAUCCCGAGCUAAGAAGAGAAUGCUAGGAACAGUGCUAUCACUUUUUAAAACAGUACAUUUUGUCCAUUUCUCUCCACGACAGCCUGUAUGGAAGAUGAGCAAGAAUAUCCAUUUAAGGUGGUCAGCUUUGUUCUUAAAACAUCCACUAAGGACAAGCAGCUGGUGAAUAGAGAGGUCGGUACCACCCAAACCUUGAACAAACUAUAUUUUUCCCAAAGGUGUGAGUAACUGGUUUAGUAAUAUACACUAGGGUAUUUCUGUACCCUUCUGGUUUUGUUCUGCAGAGGGGAAAAGGUAGGAGAGAUGUCCAAUAGUGCCUCCUGUGCCCCUCACUCUUCCUUUAUAGGCCUCUUUGUAAGUGCAAUUAUCCACAUAGGGAAUCAGAGACCAACCAGAUAAUUAUCUUCUAGAGACAGAGGAAAAAAAAUAAUCCAGGUACCAAUUAAUUUGCUUUUCAGAGACUGCUGGGAAGUUUGAACUACUGAUCUGAUAGCUCAAACAGAGAAGAAAAACAUUGGAGCAAUUGAAGGGUCACUCCUAGAAGAAAAGAAUAGGAGGAGUUAGGGGAAGCAGGUCUCUCACAUUUUAAGGUAAAUGCUAAUAUUGAACAUCACAUAGCCAACUUGUGAUGAGCAAUUAAGUCAUUAAAAUAAUUAACUACAAUAAUUGAAUCAAAACCUCCCUGUAGCAGAAGGGACAGAUUUUGCUGAAUCCUUAAAAAACCCUUUAUUCUACUAGAGAUCAUCAAGUUUCGAGGAGGACCUGUUGAUCUGCUGGAACCUUCAAUUUGUUCAACACUCUUAUGGAAGAAGAGCUCAGGAAAUUUGGACUUCUCUGUCUCCAAAAUAUUAUAUGUAGAAGUAAACAGACAUGUAAAGGACUGUACAAUACCUCUGCUGAGGCAGGUUUUAUUCAAGCUAACUAAAUUCUGAUGCAAAGCAGACAGUGUAUCCAGGAGAAAUCAGAUCAUCUGGUCAGCCACAAAUGGUCUGUGCCUUUGUUUUUCUCUCAGACAGGACUGGUACCUCCAUCUCCUUCUUGAGAGCAUAGUUUUCAUUCCACAUUAGGUGAAACAUUAUGAAGCAGAUAAACAUUUUCUUGACUUUUUUUUUUUCUGUGUGAUUUUCUCUGGACCAACAGAACUCUAUCCCUUGGAAUUCCAGCUUGCGAAGUAUGAGGAAAGCCCACCAAGACCUUUCCUCAUUUGCAUUCUAACCUUCUGCUGUGCCAGAGCCACAGGCAGCAGAAUUCAUGGACUUGUUUCACCAGAGACAAGCAAAACUUCACAUAAACAGAUGCCAUUUCAGCACAUUUCUCCUUUCCCCCUGCAAUGUGAGCGCAGUUUUUAAGUCAUUGACUGGUCAGAGUGCUCCAAACCGCAGUCUGUCACUGAAGUGCCAGCACGCUUUUUUCAGCUAAUAAUUAUUUGUCUUCAAAUGUUACCAGAAGCAAAAAGAUCCGCUGAGUUGGCAAAACCCUGGAUGAAGAAGCCAAGCCUAUGGACAAUUCUUUAAGCUUGUGGGGUUCCUGUCUUCACGAAGGAAUCAAACUGCUGACUAAAGACAUGUACGUGCAUAGCCUUCAAUUUGGUUAAAUACUAAAAAAUACUGGCACUCCAGGCGUUAAUCUUCAGUCUUCUUAUGCUUCUGGCCUUGGCUUUUGAGAGAAGCAGAGGCUACAGCAGAGCAGAAAAAUACCAUUCUUCUAAAAUCAUUCAGCUAAAUAGGCUGCUGUGUCUAACUGCAACCCUCCAACAACAGGACCAGAGGGCAACAGCUCCUCACUCUAAGCUCCUUCUUUAAGCUGAACCAGCUUCACCCAUUCUUUCUUGUUAGUCAAAAUUCAUUGCACUGAAUGGGCAUCCACUGCAUCCACAAAUCCUGAGCACAGCACAAGGCACAGGUAUGAGACCUAAAUUUUUUGCAAGAGUAAAUUUCAAGACUGGGAAGCUUCAAGUGAAAAGACAGCCACAACAUUGCAAACAGCAUUCUGGGUUCCAGCCUACAGCCUUUCCUCGUGGACUUUCAAUGUUCACAAUUCCCAGAGCAUUGUAAAGAGUAACAACCAAAAAAGGGAAACCUACGAUUAUUUUUCUAUCCUUUUCUUUUAUUAAUUUAUAUAUUUAUCUAUAUAUUUAUUUAUUCAUUUAUUUUGUCAUCUCUUUGCUCUAAUUCUCUAGAAUAAGUCUGUCUUGUUGCAGGGGUGUUGCAAGUUCAUGGUAGUACACUUCCUUGCACCCAGAUGAUCUUCCUUCAGACCCCAGCUGGGACUGCAUUUAAUCCUGUAGAGACACUGUAGUAAAGAAGCCUAUCAAUAAAAAGAAAAGCUUUACCCUGGAAUAUUUUCCCUGGUAGGAGCACCAGCCAUACAAUAUGUACUCAAGUCCAUCUCUAGUUUACAAAAAGUCUGCAAUUAAGCUUCAUGCAGUCAUUGCUUACCUCUUGCUGUCACCUGCUAAGAAACCCCAGCUGUUACAUCAUCUCUGUGACUUGCAAAUACACAUUCUGAUUUCAGAACAUUUUCAACUUUCUUCACACAUGAGCUGCUGAACACAUGGUUUUCUUUCACAAUACUUCACAAGAAUGUUGGCUAACAAAUGGUCUGAAAAAUCUGGCAAUCGCCUUGUGGGUAAUUUAUAAAAAGAAAAAGCAGUGGAAUAAAACCACAUUUUGGGGCCAAUAAUUCUUUUUUAUUUAUUUUUUUUGUUUUGUUUUGGUUUUGUUUUUUGUUUUUUUUUUUGUUUUUACUGAGCCUCACUGGCUUCCUUCCUCUCCCUCAAUGCUGAUUUUGCUGGCUUAUUUUUGUCUCCGGGCUUGGACGUGGCAGUGGGCAUGGCCCAAAAGCAGAGCCCAUGAGUUGUGCAAGAAGGGCUUUUGGGUCCAUAACUCCUGCAUCACUUUACAGGAGUGGAUGCCAUGCCAGGCUCGACCAGCGCUGUGGGAAUGACCCUGAUGACUUGUCCUCAGCCUCUUGUGCAGCAUCCUCUGUGCAGCUGCUCAGCAGAGGCAGAGGGGACCGCAGGUGUGUUGUGAGCAGGACUGAACAAAGGUUUGUGAUUACCUGUGCUCUCAGAGGGAGAGAAGUGACGCAGAGGGAAAUGCAGUGACUCACUCAAAACACUUUGGGGAUGGAAAUGACGUUAGAAACCAGGCUGAGCCUCACAAAGCCCUGCACUUACAGACUCUUAUCAAGUUCAGAGAUACCUAUGCUGAAUCGUGUAAAUUGACCAAAAGAAGCCAUUCAGGAGGUAAUGUGGAAGGGGGUGGAAUUAAUAAUACUUUAGCUAAAGGAACAGAGCAAAUCUCUCUGCACAUACAUUUUGUACCAUACUUAAGCAACGUGUCCUACGUGAACGUGUGGUCCUUUGAGAACUGAACACAUGCUCCAUAAAACAAGACAAGCAUUGGUAGUUUUCAAACCAAUCAACGUGGCUUGUUCCCAGGUGCCAGCUCCUGAUGGCAGCACAGGGAAACCAAGCUGUGUCCAGGGAUGCUGCAGGACAUCCUGUGUUCCUGGGACUGGGCUCCUUCCCUGGCCAAGAAGCAGCCACCAGCAAAUACAACAAUCUCGCAUCUCGUUUUCUUCUCACUGCAGUAUGCUAAUUCUUUCAGAGCACAUGAACACUGCUCAGGGAAUAGUCUCCAGAACUCUAGCAGAGUGUUUUCACCAUAAAUGGUCAUUCAUAUUCAAAUAUUGUGUCUGUUUAUACUUGGCAGCAAGGGAUCUUACCAAAGGCAGAACAGUGAAACACCGAAAAGAGGCAGGGUGGAGAGAAGGGCAUUUAUCAGCAGAGCUGACACAAACUAGUGAUGCUCUGACAUUGUCUCACACAUUUAUCCCAUUCUAGCUGCAGAGAGCAGCAUAAGACACAGACCAGAGGGUGGCCACAUGCUAUGCCAAAGGGAUCAGAGCAGUCUGCCUGACACAAAUAUUGCACUCAGUGCAGAUGAUGUUCAAAGCAGAGGUUUCUGUUUCUAGCUGGCUUGCUUUGCCUCUUACCCCUCGACACUGCAAAGCUGCUGAGGGAGAGUUUCCCACUCCACAGCAACACUUGUGGGUAUAGGCAGCAAGUCAGCACAUCAUGAAAAGAGAAACAGAACAAGACAGAGACUUGCAGCCCAUCUUCUCCAAGUUCUCAACUGCAUCCAGCGUGGAAUCUCUGUCAAGUGAAGCCAGUUUACCAAGCAUUGGAACUGGCUGCCUGGGGAAAAGGCAGAGUCACUAUCCCCAGAGGAAUUUAAAAGACAUGUAGAUAUGGCACUGUAGUGGUGAACUUGACAGUGCUGGGUUAACUGUUGGACUCAAUGGUCAUAGAGGUCUUCCUCAACCUAAACAAUCCUAUGAUUCUAUAAUCACAACCUGUGAAAACCCCCAUAUAUUUAUGGCUUUCCAUUAAAAGAAUAUUCUGUUCAA